AUGUCAGACACAGACGCAAACUUGACCCAAGCAUCGACCACGCCCUGCGUCGCCUUGGAAGCGUACAAGUCCGCACACGAGUCUGCCCUUGACCUUUGCUCAUCACCGGCAUCACCGGCAUCACCGACAUCACCCGCUCAGCACUCGGCGUCGUCGUCAGCGCCCACCUCGUCGUCGUCAGCUCCCCCCGCCGAGGCUGUACCGCUCACCAUCGACCACAUCGACUCCGCAUCCCCCAUCGAAGCAGGUUCAGCAAUGCCACAAGAUGAGCCAACACCCAACCCUGUGUCUCCGGAUGAUCAAGUCGAUCUCGUAGCGAUCCUAGACCGGAUCAAGCGUCGCCGUCAAGCCGAAGCCGAAGCUGAACUACACCGCGACGCAACGACCUAUCCACCCGAUGCAAGGACUGAAGAAAACAACGUCAACGUCGAAGUACCAGGACAAGCUGGCUCGGGGAUGGUCACGGAUGCAUUGCAAAUACGUUUGUCGCUUGCGGGGAGAGUCAUCGCCAGUCUGGCCCAGGGUCAGUCGACUCGGCAUGGCCAUUAGGUGUCGAAUGUCAAAACCUGACUUCAUGUUGUUGCAGGAAAAGCAGGUCGAGAUCGACUUAUUGUCACGACGGUCAUAGGAGUCGCACAGGCGAGUCCAUUCGGCUGUCAGAGAGGGCCGAAGCUGGCAUGUGGGGCCCGAAAAGCUGACGACGAUUCUCGGUCGACGUCGUUCAGAUCAUCGCGUGGAGCGUCGUACUGGCCAGGACAACGCACAGCACAUGCGUCAAGCCUCUACGACUCUACCUCAUUCUCAUCAUCAUCAAACUUGCAGUUCAAUUCCCAUGUAAGUGCUGACUCUCCAACGGUCAAUUCCGUCACGCUGAGCAGGUGCCCUUUUCCUCCACCACAGUCGCAUUCUACAGAGCCGUCACCCCACCAGUCCGCAUGUCCAGCGACUCGGAGCAAGUCAUCGCCCAACGCGAAGCCACCCGACUGGUCGGAUCACCCGCGCUCGAUCGUCGCGUCAAGCGGGUCAAGGAUCUCGUCUGGCUCUACUCGCUCGUCCUGUUCGUGAUCGGCAACGUCUGGGUUUUUGGCGCCUCCCAGUGUCGACCCACGGCGCCGAUGCUGUGGAAGGCGAGUGUUGCGGCGUUGAUCAUCAGCUACCUGAGCAUGUUUGAGGCGUUUGCGGUCAUCCUCGUCGUGAUGCUGUACCUCCCCUUUGCACUGGUGAGCACACAUCCGAGAUGCUUGCUUAGAUGCUGGGCUGACCGUGCCCCCUCCCCCAAACCCCCGUCAUCCGCAGUACAACCUCGGAAGCUAUAUGGCACCUGCUCAGAACGAAAUUGGGCCCAUAUCCAAGAAGGAGAUCGCAAAAUUACCCAAGCGCAUCUUCAUGUGAGCUCCGUUGGGGUUAUCCCUCGCUCAACCCUCGGUGCUAAUCCUCUCCUCUCCACCGAUCCAGUGGGACGAAAUCCGAAGCUACCACUGCUGCGCCGUCGGAAGCAGCAGCAGCUUGCGAAGGCGAAGCGACAACAUCGGGACACCCGCCGCUUCCUCCACCCAUUCAAACCAACCUUCCACCAAACACCAAGGUCGACUCUUCUGUGCCGCCCUCGCCGGCUCCUUCGAAGCAAGGUCGGCCCCGUCGCUUGCAUCUACUGUGGCGUUCGGCUCGCAAGAGGACCCUUCCCCAAGGACCUUCAACAUCCGACGCGACCUCUUCCGACUUUGUCGACCUUCCUGUUCCUGGAAUUCUUGUCGAACCAUCUCAAUCAGCUUGUUCAAUCUGUUUGGGCGAGUACGAGCUACCGCCUGCGAGAGGGGAGUCGAUCGCGGAUUGGGAGCCCGAGUUGUUGCAUCUGUUGCCUUGCGGUCAUUGCUUCCAUGUUUAUUGCACCGAGACUUGGCUGGCAACUUCUGGAAGGGUGAGUCAUCCGAGUAAAACUGGACAGAACCUUGGGUUCAAGAGUGAUAAGCUGAUUCAGUCCGAAAACCCUCGCAGUGUCCCGUCUGUUCGACUCCUGUCUCGGAAGAAGGGCGGCGCAAGCGAGAAGAGAGCCAGCGACGGGCCCAGGAAGAUCACUUAGGGAGGGCGGCAGAAGCUUGA